AAUAGAUUUGAAAUCCUCAAGAGAAUAGAGUUUGCAUGCUCGAACUACGAAGGCAAAAUGUUAGAGGAUGCCAAUCCUGAUGCUCAAAAAGAAUUGAACAAGUGUUCAUUGCCAGAAAACUCGAGCCACUUUCGAUCACCUUCCUCUGCUCUUGGCAUUGGCAAAGUCACCUCUGUUUCUGACCCUGGAUCCGGUGCGGAUGAUGACGUUGCGUUUGAGUCUGCAUUUGGAGCAAUCGAGAGCAGAAUUUCCUGCUCCGAAGAGACUUUGGGGGUGAUGGAGGAAAGCCAGAAGCAGCUGAUCGAGUUGAUCGGGAGAAACGAGGAGAAACGGUUGGCGAUCCAAGGCCUGUGGAGUCAGAUUGAAGGCCUGAAGAAGGAGAACCGAGCCUUGCUCGAGCGGAACAGCAAGCUGAUGGAACGGCAGACGAGAACGACAGGGUCCGUAAACAGAACGCAGAGCUCAUACAGGCCUCGGAGUGGUCUCAGCGUCAGAAGUGCGUCUUUUUCCAAGCUGAAAGGCUUUUUCUUGAGUAAAUUUAGUUGUAGAUCAAUUAAUUAUUCAGCAUGAAAAUUAAAACUUAAUUAGCAGCAAUCAAUAACCAUGGCAUUGUUUCUUCUUGAUGUUCGUGUGUUCUUGUCCUCAUGUGGCAUGUGAACGCAGUGGAAGGGGAUUCAUGCAUAUUCUAUGGGAAAUGAGGUGGGAUUCAUCAUUGCAUGGUGUUCACCGCGGUGUUCACCGCGCAGAGAUGUAAUUGAUGCCUUACCUGCAGCAUCGGGAUGAAAUGAAAUGAAAGGUAAAA